AUGUCAAAAAAAUCUAUCGGAAUAACUUUCAAACCUCGAGAGCUGUACACUAAUAGAAUCAAAAGAAUUCUUGAAGACUAUCCAGAUGAAAAUUUAAAACUUGAACGUUAUCAAGGACCUGCUUUGCUAUCAAAAAAUGAUACUAUUUUUGAUGAAAGAGAUUUUUCCUCUUUAUUGAAGUUGGCUGAUAGUGAAAAGCGUGAUCAAUUUGACAAAAUUGGAGUUAUGGGUGUUGGUUUCAAUUCAAUUUAUCAUAUAACCGAUUCUCCUUCAUUUAUUACUAAUAGGAAUUAUGUGAUUCUUGAUCCACAUGAAUAUUAUUUCGAAGGCGGGCAUUCUUUUGAUUUC